GAUCAGUACAGUGUUAAGGGCAGCUGGUGGGAGUCCACACUCGCGCAGGUCCUUUCUUCAGUUCCCGAUCACUCGCUGACAGGAACAUGAAGAGCAAAUUAUGGUGUUCUGUGGUGUUUUUCCUGACGGCGAGCGGGAGAGCCUCGAGCGGCGCUGCACCUCCGCCUCAAGGUCAACCCCACCUCGUCCUAAUUGUCGCUGACGACCUGGGCUGGAACGACGUGUCCUGGCACAACCCCCAGGUGCUCACCCCCCACCUGGAGGACCUCGCCCGCACUGGGGUCAUCCUCGAGCAGUCUUACGUCCAGCCCAUCUGCACGCCCACGAGGUCAGCGCUUCUCACGGGGCGCUAUCCCUUCACGCUGGGCAGACAGCAUGGAGUGCUGUGGCCGAAGGAGCCCACAGGCCUUACCCUGAAAGCCACCCUCCUCCCAGAGUCCCUGAAGAAAGUGGGCUAUUCUACACACGCCGUGGGCAAAUGGCAUCUCGGAUUCUGCAGCUGGAGGUACACCCCGACCAGAAGAGGCUUCGACACCUUCUACGGCUACUACACGGGCGCCGAGGACUACUUCCACCACUUCCGACUUCAGACGGGAAGGAAGGAGAUGCCAAACGACGUGAAGUAUCCGUCACAUUUAACGAAAGAAGGUACCAGGUUUGGCUACGACUUCCGGAACAACACAACCCCGGACUUGAGUGUGGAUGGAACUUACUCAACGUACGCUCUGGCAUCCUACGUGGAGAACCUUUUAGAGUCUCGGAGUCCUAGAGAUCCUAUGUUCCUGUACCUGCCCUUCCAGAGCGUCCACUCUCCCCUGCAGGUCCCUGAGAACUACACACGCCCUUAUCGGCAUAUCAAGCACAGGCAACGCAGAACAAAGUUAGGGAUGGUGACGGCCAUGGACGAGGCGGUCGGGCGGGUGGUGGCGGCGCUCAAGUCUUCUGGCCACUACAAUAAUUCCGUUAUCGUUUUUACGACUGAUAACGGCGGACCGACUGUGAGCGCAGGGAACAACUGGCCUCUGAGGGGGAACAAGUCGACUCUCUGGGAAGGAGGCACAAGGGGCGCCGCCUUUGUGCACUCGCCCCUGCUGCAGAACCCAGGAACUGUCUCCCAUAACCUGAUUCACGUGACGGACUGGUACAAGACCUUCACGAGCCUGGCAGGAGGAGAGGCCCCAGAGGACACAGACGGGUUCGACCAGUGGGCUGCGCUAGACGGCCUCUCGAAGUCCCCCAGAACGCAUAUGAUCUACAACAUCGACAACACCACAACGUUUAGCGCCGGCAUAAGGUUUGGCGACUACAAAUUACUAGUUGGCAACCCAGGACCCGGAGAAUGGACGCCACCUCCGGAAGACACUCAGGACACGAACUCUACGGCGAAUUCCUCCCUCUUUCACACCACCCCAACCCCCGCUGUAGGAAAUCAUCUGGAUACUCAAGACCUUAUUCUCAGACGCACGAACCUCACUCACCUGACAGCUUCCAACGCCAGCAGACUCCUAGAAGGUGCUGUCGACGUCGAUUCUGAGGAAAAUGGCAUCCUCGCUACCAUUAAUAAUAGUACAUUCAGUGCCUGGAUUCCUCGGCUGCAAGACAGUGGGUCGUCUUCCUCUGAGUAUGAGGACGUGGAAGAGGAUUAUGAGGACAAGGAGGAGGAGGAGAAGGAGAAGGAGAGAUCAGGCUCUUCAACUUGGAGCAAGACCAAACGAAACACACGAACAUCGCCGCCAGUAAAACCCGUGAAGCUCCUGCUGGCCCUCCUUCUGCAGGAGAUGAACACCCGCUACGUGGAAGCUGACCUGCUCCCCAACGACCCUCGUGCUAAUCCCAAAUACUGGCAUAAUAUCUGGUCGCCCGGAUGGUGCAAGCCGAAGUGA